UGUGGCCCAUUUACAUUGGUUCAAAUCAAUGUCAAUCUUUUAGCCCGACUUCCCGUUCCAAAGAUUCAUUUUUGCCCACUCCUUCACACGGGCGUUCAUAUUCAUCAUAAUAAAGCAAGAGAAGUCUCAUCACAGGAGGGUACUCUGCGGGUUUGCAGCUCGUUCUUAGCUGAAUGCCCGAGAAAGUUGCAGUUGCAGAAGCAGCCCAGCAUACUUCAUCACAAUCCCCUGAGCUCCACCGUACCGUAAAACGCUGAGUGAGGAGAGAAGGAGGAGGAGGAUGGGGAAUAGCAUAGGAGGAGGAAGGAAGAGAGCAAAGGUGAUGAAGGUUAACGGUGAAGUCUUCAAGUUGAAGACUCCGAUCCGAGCUUUGGAGGUCGUCAAGGACUACCCUGGCCAUGUCCUGAUGGACUCGGAGGCAGUGAAGCAUUUUGGUAUCAGAGCACAGCCUAUGGAAUCGCAGCAGGAGCUCAGGCCAAAGAAGGUUUACUUCCUAGUGGAGUUGCCUAAGUUUCCUGAGCAUGAAAAGGCUCCUCCUAGGAGGGUGAGGUCCGGCAUAAACAUGACCGCAAAGGACCGUCUCGAGUGUCUCAUGUUGUCUCGGAGAUCCGUAUCUGACCUUGCAGCGGCCAGGCCGUCUUCAGGGCCGAUGAUGCUGUCUGACAGGGGCCAGCAGCAACAAGGCCGUGAACCGAUGCAGGUGAAGUUGAGGAUCCCGAGGGCCCAACUGGCUAAAUUGGUGGAGGAGAGUGAAGAUGGAGUGGAUGUGGCUGACAAGAUUCUUGAUCUCUAUAUGAUGAAUUCCUCUCCCCAGGAACCUCAGGUUAAGCCCUCUCUAAUUGGCAACAAGAUCAAUGUCGACAGCUUCAGGGGGCAUCAGAAACGGGUGAGUUUCAACAUGGUGGAAGAAAGGGAAACCCAUCAUCUUGCCCCGCUUAUCGAUAUAUAGCUGGUGCAAAGAUCUUCAGCUGGUUGCGUUGGCUAUGAGGAAUACAAACAUGUGCUGCUGUGUAGGUCUCAGUAUUUCUCUGUAAAGUUAAAAAGUUGCUGGGUUUUCCCAAGAAGAAUUUGCAUGCGGUUCGUAAGUUUUACAAAUUGUAAAAACACGGUUGCUGUGUAGGAUUGAACUAAUUAGAUUAAAUAGUUAGUAUCAAAAGACGGUGUAACGUAGUGACGUAUGCUCUCAUCUGGUAACUUAAAGGUUUCAGAUUCGAUGCUCAAUGUAGUCAACCCGUGCCCCCUUAUAUUAAUUAUUAAAAUUUUUAUUUUAUUAUACUAAA